CGCUUGGUUGCUGCCGGGUGACGCGGGCUGGGCCCGCCCCCUGCUGCCGGCCCCACACUCACUCGCACCAGCCGCCGCCAAGCAGGCAGCAACCGCGACAGGGCCGUCCGGGGGCCACGCCGGCGAUGCCCGCGGCCCUCGCCGAGCCCCGCGGGACCCGCUGAGUUGCCCCCGGGCCGGGGUCAUACCGGGCCGGGCCGGGCCGCGCGCCGCGGCGCUGCCUGCAUGACCCUCCGGCGGCGCGGGGAGAAGGCGACCAUCAGCAUCCAGGAGCAUAUGGCUAUCGACGUGUGCCCGGGGCCCAUUCGGCCCAUCAAACAGAUCUCCGACUACUUCCCCCGCUUCCCGAGGGGCCUGCCACCCACCGCCGAGCCCCGCGCCACCGCGCCCCCGGACGCCCCCGCGCGCCCGUCCGCAGCCAGUGCCGGCCCCCGCAGCCCCUCCGACGGCGGCCGCGACGACGACGAGGAUGUGGACCAGCUCUUUGGAGCCUACGGUUCCAGCCCGAGCCCCGGCCCCAGCCCCAGCCCCGCGAGGCCGCCUGCCAAGCCCCCCGAGGAUGAGCCGGACGCCGACGGCUAUGAGUCGGACGACUGCACUGCCCUGGGUACGCUGGACUUCAGUCUGCUCUAUGACCAGGAGAACAACGCAUUGCACUGCACCAUCAGCAAGGCCAAGGGCCUGAAGCCGAUGGACCACAAUGGACUGGCUGAUCCCUACGUCAAACUACACCUGCUGCCUGGAGCCAGCAAGGCAAACAAGCUCAGAACAAAAACUCUGAGGAACACUCUGAACCCCACAUGGAACGAGACCCUCACUUAUUAUGGGAUCACGGACGAGGACAUGAUCCGAAAGACCCUGAGGAUCUCCGUGUGUGAUGAGGACAAAUUCCGCCACAAUGAGUUCAUCGGCGAGACUCGCGUGCCUCUGAAGAAGCUGAAGCCCAACCACACCAAGACGUUCAGCAUCUGCCUGGAGAAGCAGCUGCCGGUGGACAAGGCAGAGGACAAGUCCCUGGAGGAGCGAGGCCGCAUCCUCAUCUCGCUCAAGUACAGCUCCCAGAAGCAGGGCCUGCUGGUGGGCAUCGUGCGCUGUGCACACCUGGCUGCCAUGGACGCUAACGGCUACUCGGACCCCUACGUGAAAACAUACCUGAAGCCAGAUGUAGACAAGAAAUCCAAGCACAAGACUGCGGUGAAAAAGAAAACACUAAACCCAGAGUUCAAUGAGGAGUUCUGUUAUGAGAUCAAGCAUGGAGACCUGGCCAAGAAGACCCUGGAGGUCACUGUCUGGGAUUAUGACAUUGGAAAAUCCAAUGAUUUUAUCGGCGGAGUGGUUCUGGGUAUCAACGCCAAGGGUGAGCGCCUGAAGCACUGGUUUGACUGUCUGAAGAACAAGGACAAAAGGAUUGAGCGUUGGCACACGCUCACCAAUGAGCUCCCGGGAGCUGUGCUCAGCGACUGACUGCCCCAUCUGCUGCUACACACCCAUGCCACCCAGCCCACACAGGCCCUGCCCUGGGCUUUCUCAGCUGCCGUUAAGGGCUGUGGCCCUCACAAUGGGCAAGAUCCAGGUUGUCUGCUCGGACAUAGCCACUGCAGCCCCUGCUUGGAGGCCACAGAGAAUCCAGUCCCCCCCCCCCCCCAGGGACAGGAAGACACGUUGGACCUGUUUCAACCCCCUGGGGCCUAGGAGGGCUGGAGCUGGAAGAAGUCCUCACCCUCAGCUUCGCCCAGAAGAAGGGCUAUCUAGGGUGAGGACAUGUUGGGGAGGUAAGGGGCAGAACACAUGCUGCAAGCACAGAAGUGGGGGUGCUCUGGCUGCCUAGAGACCCCGGUGGGAAGGACUACGGGCAGAUGGAGCCCAGGACUCUAGGACAGGCCAUGUAGUCAACUGGGGCUCCCAACUUACUCUCGCCAGGCUUCGAUGGACAGACAGAAAGAGUCCGAGCCCCUGGGGCAGGAGUCCUUGUCUAGCAGGGGAUCUGGGUGAACACAUUACCACAAAGAGCUGAGGCAUACAGGAGCAGCCGGUUGUCUGCAGGGGCUGUGGGUACCGCUGACUGCCAGAGGGUGAGGACAGACUGGGCAUCUUGGGAGAGUCAGGACUCAGCAUGGCCUGGAAAAGCCAGCUGUGGCUCUGAAGCUAAGAGAAGGCCAAAUACAGAGAGCAGGAGGCCUGGGGUAGGUGUCAGGACUGGGACAGGGUCAUGGGUGGGGACCUGGGGUUGGUCUGGGGCAGCAUUAGGUUUUUAGGGAGUAGGAGGCCUGGGGUAGGUGUCGGGACUGGGACAGGGAGUCAUGGGUGGGGAUUUGGGGUUGGUCUGGGGCAGCAUUAGGUUUUUAGGCAGGAUCUAGGCUUGAUGUGUACAAGCACUAUAGGGAAACUGAGGCUGACUGUUCAAACCCAAGCUCUCCCAUUUGAUCUUGUUCCCAAGGGGCCUCAAUGCACCCUGCUCCUGUUCUCAGCAGAAGUCUCUUUCCCUCAGCUUCAGGGAGAAGAGAAAGGAAUUUUACUAGCAUGAAAAGAGACACCCACCUCUCUCUUCCUCAUCUCCACAGCUCAGGCUGGUGUUGGGUCCCUCAAGACUCCAUGGCAGGCAUCCUGGACCUAUCAAGACAGUGGGUUGCCUUCAGGAAUAGCAGUGGAAGACAGAACCUUGUUUGGGGGAAGGGGUGGGGGUGGGGCUUCUGCCCUUCGGAGCUGAGAGCUCUGACCUUACUUUCUGGGAUAGGGUGGGACACAUCUCAAUCUUGAAGCCCCCAAAUGUCUCCUGCCAACUAGGGCUCCAGGAAGAGAGAAGGGACGAAGAACUAAGGAGUUCUACCAUCAUUCCAAAGCCCCAUUUUGCUCAACCCAUCUCUGGGUAACAAGGCUUGGGGGUCCUGAGAGGGAAGAUGUCCUGCCCUAAGCCCAGCACCUUCCUUCAGCUAAAAUAAGGAUCCAGGGUUCCGGGUCACGAUUCCAAUCCCAAGCACUCACCAGCCUUCCCCACUUGGCAGGGAAAAUAGGUCUCUAUUCCCUACGCACCCACCUGUUGCUUAUAGAGACUGGGUUUCCUUCUUGAAAAGGUUUUUGCCUAUGUUACAGAAUUGGCAGGCACCUUAUUGAAUCUUCACCAUCUUGUGUGGCGGGUGGCUUGGUCAGCCCAUUUUAUAAGUGAAAUGACCUCAGAGAAGUUGAAAAAACUUCUAGGGCCACCAAACUGAGAGGAGCUGAAACAAGACAACACCAAACCCUUUAACUGUUUGAGGGUAAGGCUCCUUUCCCUGCUGAAUCGCAGAGACUUGAAGUCUGUUGCAGAGGAGUCUUGUUUUUACCCGCCUCCUCGCCCUCUAGCUGGUAUUGAAAUCACCUGUGCCAUUUAGAGUUUGCCAGAGCCAAGCCCUGGAACUCAGCUGCCCUGCCCCCAGUUCAAGGGACUUAGUGUCGAGGCUGCCGGUUUCCCCACACAGCUAAAAACCGGAGCUUAUGGGGGCCCGAGGAAGGUGUUCAACGCACCUGGUUGAGCUCUGAGUAAUUCAGUAUUUGCCCUUUGGGAAGCCCUGUUCUGAAAGGAGCCUGCAGCCUCCUGAAGAUGCAGAAGUGUUUACUAGGCAUGAGGUGACUGGGGCCCAGCAAGAGAACAGGGCUCAGGUGGAAGAACCUGGAUCCCUCUGUUGUCCCAGGAAUAGGGAGGCUUGAGCUUCAGAGAAGGUCCUUGUGAACCCCAGGAACAGACAGGGUGGGAGAUGGGGCUUCUACCCAAUUUGCUCACGUGUGAGUGCCCAAGCAGGAGCCCACUAAAGUGAUGGAAGUUUCCCGUGGCUCUGGAGUACUUCCAAAUCCCUGGGUCAUUCCAUCUGUGUUAAAGGAAAGCCCUUUGAGAAGUUCGGAAUCAGCUCAUCCUUUCACCCCAAACGGGUUUCUUGCUUCUGGUCCAUCAGCGUUGCAGAGAGGAAAUUUGAUACCAAAAACAAAGGUCAUUCCAAAGUCGGGUCAGUAACCAGGGCGUCUCCCGAAGCUCGGCUUCCACCUCUCAUCCUGGUGGGGCUCACCGUCACCAUUAGCCAAUCCCCAAACGGGCCCGUCUUCCAAGCCUGAGGCGGUGACCUCCUGACCUCUAGUGGCGAGAACGAGGAGCUGCACCUCCGCGGCCGGCCUACCAGUCGAGCCUGGGCCAAGCAUGUCUGGCCCUUUUGUCCUCCAGCCAAGUGAACCUCCCGAUGCAUGGACUCCGGCUGUCGUCGACGCGGACUCGUACACUGCUUACGGUUUUGCUACCACGUGACGGCUGCAGAGUACAUCCUCAAACUGCAGCUCCAAGACACAAUUUUUGUACUUUCAUCUGACCUUCCCGAAGGUGUCCUUUUUAAGUCUUAUUUGUUAAUAUUUAAAACGAUAUAUAAUUCAAAGUAAAUGGGAACGUUGUACUGCGAUCGCACUAGCCCCGGGGGGACUCCUUGUAAGAUCUGGAGGGCACAAGCGAAAGGCAACUGGGGUUUACAUGUUGCAUGUACUCUGUUUUUUGAAAUGGUCUCACUUGUAAACCAGGCUAGUAUCCAACUUAUGGUGAUCCUCCUGCCCCUCAUUUACUCCUCACUGAGAUUCAUUAUGAAACAGGCUCCCAAGUUAUGAAUGAGGAAACCGAGACUCUGAAAUUCGAAUAUACGGGGCUGAUCAGAUGCACUUGCCACACAAGCUUUAGGACCUAAGUGUUGAUUCCAGGAACCCAAAUCAAAAAGGCAAGAUGAAGCUGGACAGCGGUGGCAGGGAGGUGGUGUCCUAUGCCUUUAAUCCCAGCAUUCUGGAAGAAGAGGCCAGCGUGGGCUAUAGAGGGAGUUUCGGGACAGCCAGGGCUACACAGAGAAAUGCUGUCUCAAAAACAACAACAACAACAAAAAAGGUAAGAUAUUGUUUGAUGUGGUGCGGCCCUUAGUCCCAGCAUUGACAAGCUGAGGCAGAACGAUUUCUGAGUUUGAGGCCAGUCUGGUCUAUACAUCCACUUCCAGGACAGCCAAGGCUACAUAGUUAAGACCCUUUCUCAAAAAAAAAAUAAAAAUAAAUGAUGUGACAAAUUAAUAAUCCCCACAACUCCUGGGGCCAGAUGGGAGAUAGAGUUGGAGAACUGGCCAGAGCCUUCCUGCCAACUAACCUGGAAUGAACGGACACCUGAGAAACGAGAGGCUCUGAUCGAGGCUGAGGUUGAGAACAGAAAAGUUAUCCUUUGACCUCCCACACCCGAGCCAGCUAGUAUGCUCUCUCUACUGCCCUCCCUUCCCCCUCCCUCUUUUUCCUCUCCCUCACUUCCACACACAAUAAAGUUUUUUAAUAAACAAGUUAAAAUGCUUCUGCAAACCACACAGACAAGAGUUCAAGUCCAGAUCUCAGGAAACGCUGCAGCCAGGAUCAGCAUUAAUGCUAAGUACCUAGAAAGAUCAUGUGACCUUCACAGAUGGCUCUGAUUGACUUGAGAGGGCACUGAUGACAGAAUACUUGAGGGGCAUGUACCAGGUGGAGGGAACAGGUGUGGCCUCUUGAAUGAGGCCUGGUAUGCUAGGGAACUUCAAGGAGCCCAAUGAGACCAAGUGGAAUGGGCAGGGAAUGAGGGCAGAGGACCACGGGCAAGGCUGUGUGCUUUAUUAAAACCUGGACAGACAUGGUAGUUCAUGUCUGUCAUGAAUUUGACUAAAGAUUUCAGAUCUUGUCUCAAAAAGCUACAUUUCCUGGACUCUUCCUGUUUUCCUACUUCCACUUAGGGGCCACGACCCUCAUCUCUCCUGUGGGUUUGCCCCUGCUGCAUCAUGUAACAUGAACAUCCCGGUGCAAUGCUUUCAUUGUGCCCCAUAAGGUUUGGCGUGCUUUUUUUUUUUUUAAUUAGAUUUCAGUAACCUCUAAAUUUUCAGUGAUUCAACAUUCGAGUGUGUUUGUUCAACUCUCCAGUUUGUGUAGUAUGUUUUUAUAUAUAAUUUUUGGACAGGAGGUUGCUCAGUUGGUAAAGAGAACCCAAGGUCAUGUUUGAUCACCAGAACACCUCUGAAGAGAAGGGGGCUGGGGACGGUUCCAGGGUUGCGAGCACUGGCUGCUCUUCUGUAGUUUGAAUCUACCUGAGAGCUCACAGCCAUCGAGCUCCAGUUCUAAUGGUGAUGUUCUCCGCAGGGACUGCAUGCAUGUGGCACAUAAACAUACAUAUAUGUAGAAAAACACCACACACAUAUUUUUAAAGCAGGACUGCUGGGCACAGAGGAAUAUACCUUUAAUCUUAACACUCAGGAUUAAGGCAGGAAUUAAAGGUCAGCCUGGUCUACAAACUGAAUUGCGAGACCAUCUAAUGCUGCAUAACAGGACCCUGUCUCAAAACAAAAUGAUAAAACCGGGCCUCUGGCUGCUCUUCCAGGUGACUUAAGUUCCCUGCUCCAGGAAUCCAACUCUUCUGGCCUCUGUGGGCACUGCACACACAUGGUGGACACAGACAAACCUGACAAAGCACCAAUAGACACAUAAAUGUAGGAGUUACAUUCUUUUUACUGAACCCAGUGUUCAGAGAACACUACUAAACCAAGAGCUUGGGUGGCACCCUUUGCAGCCCAGAUCAAAGCAGUGGAGAUAACAACUAUCCUUGGUUCAGGCGCCUUCACAGCCUUCCUGCUUGCCCAUCUUUCAACAUCUGAUAGAGAUCUAAAAAAUCUGAACCUACUCUCCUCGACUUCAUAAUACCUUAGAUUUCUCUGUGGUCUCGUAAUAAAGGCUGGCCUUCCAUUCACUAUGUAGCUGAAGCUGGCCUUUGACUCAGAAUCCUUGCUCCAACUUCCUGAAGUGCUAGACAAGUUGUUUUUUUCUCAUCACAUUUGCUUGGAAAUGCUCUUGAAGGGCUGGAGAUGUUACAGCAGUUUAGAGAACUUGUUCUUACAGAGAACCUGAUGUCUGGCAACCACAUGGAAGUUCACAACUGUCUGUAACUCCAGUUCCAAGGGAUCAAUUAGACUCCCUCAGGCUUGUGUGAGCAACAGGGAUAUACCUGCUACAUGUACAUACAUGGGGGAGAAACACCCAUACACAUAAAACUUAAAAACAAAC